ACAACAGCCGUCGUGUGUGCACGUGUCGCAAGCGUUCUCUUUCCCAGUGAAGCAUUCUUCAUCAAUCGAUCUCAGGCCCUCGUUAGACGAACCGCCAAACCAUGGGAUCCGGGGGCAGAAUGGACUGCUGCGGGCAGUGCGUUAAGUACAGUAUGUUCGUGGCGAAUUUUGUGAUCUUCAUUGGCGGUGCGAUCGUGUUCGGUUUGGGUGUCUGGACGCUGGUGGACAAACACUUCAUCAACGAGCUGCUCGGGACGAACCUGUUCUCCGGUGCGGUGUACGUAUUGAUCGCCACCUCCGCCCUGGUCUGCCUGCUGUCCUUCUUCGGCUGCAUGGGCGCCGCAAAGGAGUACAAAUGCAUGCUGUUGACGUACUUUAUCCUGGUGUUCCUCAUCUUCGUGACGAUGCUGAUCGGUGGCAUCCUCGGGUACGUCUUCCGGGAGAAGGUGUCGCUCACGAUGGCCGACGAGAUGCGCUCGUCGAUGAGCCUGUAUGGCAGCAGGCGCAGCAUCACCACGGCCUGGGACGAGACGCAGGAGCGGUUGAAGUGCUGCGGCGUGAAGAGCUACAGAGACUGGAAGAGCGACAUUCCCUUGUCGUGCUGCCAGCGCACGCUCGACGGGCACAAGCCGUGCAUCGAGAAUCCGAGCCCGCAAAACAUCUACAUUAACGGCUGCCUGGAGAUCACGUCAAACUACAUCCGGGACAAUGCGGCGAUCGUUGGCGGUGCCGGCAUCAGUGUGGCCCUGCUGCUCAUCUUCGGCAUGAUAUUCUCCUGCUCGCUGUUCCGGAUGAUCGAAUAGCAGAACGUCCGCAGCUGACGUCUGUUUUUCUUUUCUUUCGGCGGCAAAACAUCCAUAACUUUGUGUACCAGCCUUAAACAUCCUAUUGAGUUUUCCUCGUCCCUUUUUUCCUUAGUAGUGUUUGCUUUGCUUCUUAGCAAACCCGGAGUCCAUCGCUCGCCGUGUUUUUAUGUAUAGAAAAGAAACAAGAACCACAAGCAUUCCGUCCAAUGCAAUGCAAUCCACUGCAGCAACAAAUGUUGCGUACUGUUAAGCCAACUCGAAUGCAAUCCAAAAUGCAAAACACACACCAUGCACACACCGUAUACCGGCAUUGGUUAAAAGUGUUUUUACCAUUUAUGUUUUGCGCAUGUUUUACUCUUCAUUUCGGCGUAGACGUCGCGUUUUUGUCGUGCAGGCAUUUAAGACACGCCAUCGAAACAAGGCGUAAGCAUUUCUUUUUUAUCGAUACCUUCGUUUUGAUCAUUUUAACCAGCAAUUCGAAAAAUGUAUUUGAUCGUGAGCAAUAUGAGUUUUGAAAGUAUACUUUUAAAUAACAACUCGAUUGAUUGAAGGAUUGAAAUCGUAUGUGACAGUGAAUAGAAUCGAACGAGUAAGUAACGCUAAGGAACAGUUGUGUAAGGUGGAUUAUGUGCUUAAGUCUAAUAAAAGAAAAGAAGAUUUAAUCGAUAUAAGAGCA